AUCGAGGAAUCAUUCCUCACCGCAUCGAAGAAUCAUUCGUUCUUCUCCAAGAAUCUACCAAAGGCUCAAUCCACCACUGAACCUCUUCCUUAUACAACUCUCCCUCCUCCCAAAUCUCCCACCCAGCUUUAAUCUCCGCCGUGAAAAAGAAAAAUAGAAAGCCUCAAAUUGCAAUCAUGGAAGACCCAAAACUCAACAACAUUGAGGAAUCAAACGGCGCCGUUUCGUUCUCCGAUUUCCCUGAGGACGUCCAGCUCUGCAUCCUCUCCUUCCUGACCCCACCGGAGCUCUCCAGCUUCGCCUCCACCUCCAAACGCUUCGUCUCGCUCUGCAAGAACGACGCCAAGCUCUGGUUCUCCAUGUGCGACCGCCGCUGGGGCUCCAAGACUCGGAUCAAGAAAUGGGGUGACGGCAAUAUCACCUACCGGAAUCUCUACCAGACCCUCAGCCGGUGGGAGAGCCUCAUCGGAUUCUGGCGCCAGGGCGGCCAGGCCACUUCUCUGCCGUUGAUCUUCUUCGAGUGGGGCCCCUCGUUCCUCGCCGGGUCCAGGGUCUCUCCGGCCAAGGACGGCAGCUACGGCGUCGUGAAGGCGCCCUUCUUGUGGAUGAGCCUCUCGCCGGAGGGCGAAGUUGUCAACUAUCUCGACCCGGAGACCAAGUUUUCCGACAAGGAUUUGGUGCCGGUGAGCCUGAGCCUGAUGGGGAGCACGCAUUUUGUAGUGGAGGAGGAUGUGGCCGGAGCUCGGCCGGGUUCGAGUGCGGUGAUCAUUGAAGGUGCGAUUGGUGAGGACUUGAUUGGAUAUGAUAGUGGGUCCCCCGGGACGUCGCCGGGGUCGCCGUCGGAGAUAUAUCAGUACUUUGCGAACCGGACGAGCCCCGGGGGAGAGAGGGCGACGAGGAGGCAGAGGAGGAGAGAGAAGGAGAAGCAGCUGAGGAGGAAGUUGGAGUCUCAGCAUUUUGUUAAGAUUGUGGAUUGCUCGCCCACGCCGGCUCGGCCUCUGCAGGGCCUCUGGAAGGGGAUAUAUGAUGAUAUGAACUUGGGGUUUUAUCUUGUUGCAUAUGAUGACAUUGGGGGCAUCUCCUGCCAAAAGGUUUGCGACUCGUCUGGUCACGUGUGCACGGGAGUUCGGGUUAUGAGUAAGCACCCAGUCUUUUGGACAACAGAUCUUACUUAUUCCGAGUCUCCAUUUCUCCCAGAGGAAGAAAAUUUAUACAAUAGUCGUAUACAUCUUCGACCAAAUGCCACAGCAGAUCACAUUCACCAGCUCACAGGAAUUGAAGUGGUCUCUCGCAUUCUUUGCAUUAACUUAAGUUAUGAUCUGGCCAUUCCAUACAUGAUAAGGACUACCUCAAACCCAGUGAAUGCACAGGGAAGGGUUUGGCAGUAUGGGGAUGGAACAUUUGGAUUUGGGUCUCUUCAAGACAGUUUUAUCAGGGACUUGAAGCAUAUCACCAAGAAUGGUAAUCUUCUUGAUAUUAUGUAGCCUUUAGAUUGUAGUAGUGUUAUUGAUGCACACUACUUUGUGAAAGGUGUUAUUUUUUUUGUACAGACACCAACUUUAGCUGUGUGCCACUCUGCUCGGUGGCACAGUACAAUAUUUGUUGACACAAUAAUAAGAAUUCUGGCAUCACCGAUUCAGUGAUCUUUCCAAUUA